UAAUUUCCUAGGGCGGGAGUAUGCGCGGCGGCGGCAAAUAAUACAUAUUUCAUCUCCGGCAAUGGAGAAAUAUUCCCAAUUUGUCGUCAACGCCUACUCUCCCCCUCCCCCUCCCCGCCCACUGCUGGAGGCCGCUGAGGCUGAGGAUGGCGAAGACAGACUCUCCGCCCUCCCCGACUCCCUCUGCCACCAGAUCGUGUCGCUCCUGCCCGCCACCGAGGCCAGGCGGACGGCGUUCCUCUCUCGCCGCUGGCGCUACAUCUGGUGCGCCUGCCCUUCCUUCGACUUCGACGAGAGGGAAUUCCACGGCCGCCCCCUCCCCCUCCUCCACCGUUACCGCAGCCGCCUCAAUUUCAUCCGAUUCGUCGACGGCGCCAUCCACCACCGCCGCAGAUUCUUCGACGACCUCACCCUCGACCGAUUCAGAGUCUCGAUCCGCUUCUUCGAGGAGCUCGAGCCGCACCUCGAUCAGUGGAUCGCCUUCGCCCUGGAGAAGAGCGUCAAGGAGCUCAGCGUGAUCGCCGAGAUGAAGGAUCUCAUCGCGAUCGCGGAGUUUUUCCAGCCCUUCAGACUGCCGUACGAGCUUCCCGCCGCCGUCUUCUCCGCGAGAUCGAUCCAAACCCUAGAUCUGGUCUUCUGCGAUCUCCGCCGCGUCCCCGCCGCCUCGAUCUCUCUGCCGCUUCUCAAAAACCUAGAUAUGGUGAACGUCCAUUUGAGCGAUUCCAUUUUGGAAGGAAUUAUCUCCACAAGCCCGCUCCUCGAGAAAAUCAGCCUCUCCCUUGUCUCCGGCCUCAAAAACCUCCGAAUCUCCGGCGAGAAUCUCAAAAUGGCGGUGGUUCUAAAAUGCUCGCCGCUUUCAAACGUAACCGUCGCCGCUCCGAAACUGGAAUCGCUUCUCUUCAGAGGGAAGCGCCACAGCCUUGACAAAAUCGACUUAUCGGGCUGCCGGAAUCUCCGGUUCCUGUGGCUGCAGCGCGCCACCAAUCUAACCGACGACGGCCUUGAAAAAAUAGUCAGGCGAAACCCGAAGCUCGAGGUGAUGAUCCUAUCCCACUGCCCCGGGUUAAAAGACGCGUUUAUCAACUCCCCCAAACUAUGGAUGCUGGUGCUGUUCAAGUGCAAGCACCUGAACAGCGUCAAAAUCCAGGCUCCGUCACUGACCGCGCUCGAGUACUCGGGCCACGUGGUCUCGUUUAGAGAGGUGGCGGCGUCGCCGAAGCUGGACGCGGUGGUCCACGUGGACGGGGCAGAGAUAUCGAGCAGGUGGUACGGGAAGCUGAGGGACAUGUGCGGGAAGCUGGAGGGGUGCAGGAAGUUGUGGAUCAAGUGUGAACACGACAUUGACUUGAUCAUACCGCACGACAUGCGGGAGAGGCUGCAGCCGCAGCUACAUGGGCUGAAGGAGCUCAAGGUCCACGUGCGCAGCGGGAUUCUCAAUCUUGCGGUGCUUGAAGAUGGGAUUCGGUGGAUCUUUCCUGGCUUGAGGAAUCUGUACGUGGAAUCUGAUGGAUUCACGCACCAUUUUUGCUACGAUGACAAUGCCCAUUAGGAUGUUGAUGUCGGGAGGAGGAGGAACUUCCUCACUAACUCCUCAUAAAUCAAACGCAUCACAAUACUUACAUUCCCAUUCAUAUAACUUUCCCUUUUGGUAGCAACUCUUUCAUUUUUCUGCCCCAAAAUCAUGUAUUUAUAUGUAUCAUUCUAGUCUCGUCGAUGUUAAAUUUAUGAUUAAUUACAACUUUA